ACUCGAACUCCGUAGUCGUUCGAACCGCGAACGCCGGUACGCACGUCGCGUCUCCACUCUCGCAUUGCAAGUUCGAUAACGCGGCCCGUUUAAACGUAAUACUCGAUGUUGUUGUUGUUGUUCUGCAACAAACAUUCGCGAGUUUUAACAACUGUGACAACUGAGCAGUGAUUUAAAAAUUCACGCCGUUGUUUUUCUAAGAUAGGUCGGCUCGCAACCCAAACCGGCUCCGUGACCAUAUGAUCUGCACUGGACCCGCUCGAACCGCGCGACCCCCUCGAUCGGUUUGCAGUUACGAUGCGGAUUAACUAAAGUUCAAUUGCAACUCGCAAGACACAAGACGGAUCCGAGGAUGACUCAGUGAGACAGUGAGACUUUCUAGUGUUUCGGUGUCAGUUUUGUGACUCGAUUUCGCCGGAGAUGUGAUUGUUGACGUUGUGUUAAAACCUAUAUUAUAGAUAUGGCUGGUGCUAGUGAGAGUGGUGUGAGUGUGGAGGAAGUGCCCUCGGAGACUCGCCGGAGAGGGCUGAGCGGAUCCAUGUCUUUGCGCACCCGCAAGCUCGGGAGGCGUCUCUCUCGCAGCAUGUCCAUCGUGGCGCUAAAACUGCCAGAGAAGGCGCAGAGCAUCACCCGAACAUCGUCGAAACUCAUGAGAUCUGGCAGCCGAGACAAAAAGAACAGAUCUUUUGAGCUCUCUGUCAUACUUCCCGACAAAACGCAGAAACAGGUGACAGUAUGGGGCAACAGCACCGUUGCUGAAGUGGUCUGUGAGACGUUACACGAAGCAGGGGUUGUGUUAACUGGAUCACCAACAGGCCCUUUGUCGGCUCCGCAAGUUCUACCAUUGGCUGAACCUCUACCGCCUCCAGAAGUCACUGUAGCGCCUCCCACGGCACUAUUAUUCCUUGGAGGCUCCAAAGCACCAGUGGAGCCAAGGGCAUCUGCCAUGUGCUUGGAAGGAGAAGUACUGGUCGUUGAACACGAACCACAAGUGUGGGAUGGCAAAGAUCUUGAAGUAUUUUUAACGUGGGAGAAAAUAUACGCUUCAACAUUGUUCUCUGCGCUUGAGCUAUAUGGGAAACCUCUUUUACGCGCUGCUGUAAUAACCAAAGAAGAAUACCAUUUACUAUUUUACUACCUUGAAUCGGUCUCAGAAGCAAGUGAAGCGCUCACGCUUAGAAUGAGAAAAUAUAUCGAUUCGGGUUUACUUAAGAAUAAAGAAGAAUCUCAUAAUAUAGAAAAAACAGAAGAAGAUAAUGUAGGUGAUAAAGUAGUAGAAAGAAAGAGUAUAUUAACAGAACUCAUACAGGAAGGUAUCCUUUCUCAACAGGAUAUUGAUUUAUCAUCACUAAUUACAGACACAGAGUGUCCUGAUGAAGUUGUAAUGAAUAAUAAAAUAGAUGAUGAUAAUAGAUCGAGUAUUUCGUCGGUAUGUUCAUCGUUUCGUAAGAUUGCUGUUGAUAUGCCAGUUGAUAAUUGUGACUCGGUUAUAGAAAGCUCUUCCAUAAUAGAAAGUAAUGAUAAUGUUACAACUGUUACGAUUAGAAGCGGUGGACAAUGUUGCGCUGAUCACAGAAUUUCAGCCGAUGUAUCCGAUAAUGUAUGGUCCAACGUUAAAUGGGACUUUCUUAAUCCCGCUGACUUUGGAUAUGAUCAAGUGCCAAAUGUGAAAAGAAGUCGAUCCGACUCAGCCAUACCUCCAGUGACCAAGACUCGAAGUGAGGAGCUAUACGAGACGUUGCAUAAUGAAGAGGGCGAAUCCUGCGGAAGCAUGACGCCUUAUGAAUCUAUAGAAGACUUGUAUGAUUGCAUCAAAAAAGCAGCGUACAACAAUAUAGAAGCAGAAGAAUCGUCUCCAUCUACAGAUUAUCCUUCAGAGCCGCAUUAUCCUGACUAUUUCGAAAAAUCCAGCGCCACUCGACAAAGCUCUGCAAGUAGCGAAAAAAGCGGAGCUUCCUCUGCUUUUCCGUUUUCUAAAUGUGGUUCGAGUGAUUCCACUGGAGCGUAUACCUCGUGUGAAUCUACAAGUGGCGUUAGUUCUUUUCUUCCGAAAAUCUUACCGGAGUCAUUGAAGUGUCGUGAAUUACCACCACCGCCGGAAAUUGAAAUGAAUGAGAGUUCAAUAUUGCUGAAGCAACUGUUUAUGGGUGAACUGAUGGACGCGUAUGGUGAAUACUUGUCUGCUUAUCCCUAUGCACGGGCGUUGUUGAGGAGGAAGUCGAGACGGGAUGAACAUUUCGUGGCGUUGGCUGACAUCAGGCGCGGUGCUGCGAAGUACACUAUCAGUGAUUACCUUGAAUUACCGAUCGAGCGCCUAGCGCAGUACGAGCGGCUGGUGGGCGGCGGUUGCGGGCGGCGGCGCGCGGCGCGUCUGUCGGACCUGGAGCGCGUGCAGGACCUUUUCCCGCACGACUACCUCGCGCUGCACGACGCCGACGCGCCUUCGGCACUCGCCUCGCACCAUGCGCAGAAAUCGAAGAGUCUUCGAAAGCGGCCUAGUUUGGAUAUCGGGGGUACAGUCAGCGGCAACAGUUCCCUGUCACCGCGCACCUUCAUCAUGGAAGCGCCAGUCCAGCUGUGCCCUCUGGGGUCAACGUCCCCUCCACUGGACCGCCAUUUCUUCCUCUUCAGUGACUUGCUAUUGGUCGGCAAGUCUAGAGGCACCAAUUGCUUUAAAUUGAAAGAGAGCGUACGUCUGGCAGAGUUGUGGCUUUCCUUGCCGGAGGGAGAUGAUACCGGGUUCCUUGUCGGCUGGCCAGCUGUCACCGGCGUCAUGAACUUCCUCGCUACUUACCCCACUCAAGCUGCCAGGGAUACCUGGUAUCGAAAAAUCCAAAAUGCACUAAACGCGCAACUGGCAACGGAACCAAAGUCGACGAACAUUCAGAUUUUCUACAAGGAUCUGACAAGCUCGAUAGAAUUCUGUAAGACAGUAUCGAUAAGCCCCGAAAUGAGUGCCCGAUGCGUAGUCCGCCAAGCGUUGCACGUCCUACAGACCGGGGGGGUGGGGGAGGAGCACGAAGGCGACCACGAGGGGGAGGAGGGGCGGUGGGGGGCCGCGGGGGACUUCACGCUCUGCGUGCGCGCAGGACGAGAGGCGGCCCCCCUCCCGCUGCAAGGCAUCGAGCGACCCCACGCUGUUCAGAUGUCGCGUAUAAGACAAACACUGUCGAACGAGGAUGGCUUCGACUUAGAACACGUGAAUGCUAAAAACAACCCCUGUGGAUUAGUCUUUGAGUUGAGAAAGAAGAAUCAAGGAUUGAAAAGUAACAGCACAACCCCAGGGCGCGGUCUGCGUCUGCUCCGGCGAGGCGGGAGGCUUUUCGGCGUCGCGCUAACAAGAUUAUGCAACGGCACUCCGCCACCUGCCCUCUUACAAGCCCUCCGUCGCCUGCGGGCCACCGCUCCACUUACACACGGAGUGUUCCGUAGAAGUGCCAACGCUAAAGCUCUGCGACUCCUUAGAGAUAAGUUGGACACGCUGGGCCCGUGGGCAGAAGGCUGCGCAGAACUGGACCGCGCGCCUGUUCUACUGCUGGCGGCACUCGUCAAAGAGUUCUUCCGAGCAUUACCACAGCCCUUGCUCUCAUCUGAAUUAUACCCCUCCUGGCUACAGAUUUUAGGUUUACCUCAAGCGGAGAAAGUUGCCGCCGUACGCUCCCUAUUGUUAAAACUACCAAAAUCUCACUACAACAUGUUAACAUACUUCGUUUGCCUCUUGCAAGCUAUCGCUAAGAAGUCGAACAUCAAUCUCAUGUGCCCUAUGAAUUUGGGCGUCUGUGUUGGGCCCAGUCUGCUAUGGCCUAGCGUUCCCUGUGACAAAGCUCCCAAAGCAGUGCCAAUGGUUGUCGAACUACUAAUAGUUAAAGCUGAAGCUCUUUUUGGGCCGCAAAUCGCUGGUCUUCUGGGUAAUGGUAGUCCUGAAUCCACUAACGCACUUCUAGAUUCUGGCGCAGAAGAAAGCGAUAGCCUCCAUUCAGUUGGAAUAUCGCUCGAUUCGAUGGAAUUAUCGACGCCAAGAAAAGAAAAACUAUCCCUUAGCAGAGAUUCAGGGUUAACACUCUCCGAAGACGAUUCAAACAGCAACGGAGGGAACAGCCCAGCUCCUAGAAAUAUCUUACAUAGCCUUUCCGCCCCAACAUGCAACCUGCAACAAGAGCAAAAGUUACUAUCACGAUACAACACUGAUAACCAUAAUGUCAAUGGUCUUCCUCAAAUUGCACAACGUCAACAAAAUAUUUACUCCAAUAAAGCUGAAAUGUAUAGUACUGUUAAUGAGGAAUUGUACACGAUGCCAUACAUGGGAGAAAGAUAUGUACAUAAUACUAUUAAUAUUGGUAUUGCAAAUGGUAUAGAUGAGAGAAAUUACGUUUCGAAAGCCGCAGUCCAACGAUCGACAGCGGAUAUCUAUGGGCAGAGUCCAGCGAAGUAUAUAACAGGUUUAGAACCUCAGAAACCACCCAGGAGCAACGUCUCGAAAGCAGCUAGAACCUCAAAAGUGUAUAGUAUGUACUCAGAAAGUCAGGAAACAGAUAAAGCUGUUCCAAUCAAAAAUUUCAGUAGAGCAAAAAGUUCCGACAAUUUAUUAGAAUCCAAACAAGAAGCGAUCGACAGUAAACGCGAUAUCGUAUCAAGUCAAGAGAAUAUCGUAUACAGCAACAUUCACGAUCUUGCCAUGUUCACAGAAAAUAUUCAGCGUCAAAACCAAUAUCAGUCGCACGCGGACAUUUUAUCAAAUAAAAACUAUUCUCGCGUUUACACUGGAUGGGAGAAAAAAAGUGCAAAUUACAACAACCAAGUAAAUAAUUGUCAGAAUGAGAAGAUUUACGGCCAUAUGAUUAAAACUCAAGGGGAGUCUUCGCAAAACAAAUCAGAUGGAAAAACCACACCGGCAGCCACCAUUUUUACACGAAAUGACUGGACUCGUCAAGCAGCGAGGACGAAAAGCUUAGAAGUAAGUGACGAUGGACAAAGCAACGCUACGGACAAAGCUCGCAAUGGCAGCUACGAAAUUAACGUUGUUAACUGUUGCCGUAAAAGACGCUUCGAUCCCGCUCAUAUGUGCACGAAAAAUUGUAUUACACUCUCGAUGGUGAAUAACCGAGACAAAGAGAAACAGGCGACAAACUCACAAGCCUACGCAUACAUCGAUGAUAUUCACGGGAAUUCGGAUGACGCGAAAAAUUGUAGAGGUCGUAUUUACAAUAACAACAAACUGAACCAGUCGAAAUCGUUAGCCAAUAUUAUUCUACAAAGCGAUUCCAGCAGCAAUGACACUCUUUACCAACCGCAAAACUCCUUCAACAGUCGCUCAACUGAAUCGACGGCGAGCGAGAAUUCCUUCGAGAACUGUUACACGACUCAGUACAUCGAACCGCUUUACACAUCCGUUUACAACAGAAGAAGGGACAUUUUCCACGAAGAGAAGAACGCGUACCCAUCAGACAUUUACAAAGCAACGCCGACGUCAGUGCAACCUGAUUAUUCUUCUGAAAAGAAUAACAACAGCAAAAAGCCGCCUCACAUGCCUCCACCCGUACCGCCAAGGAAAAUGGUCUACCAGAGAGUGCUGAAGAAAUUUCAACCAGUUCAUGUGAAUAAAGACGAGAAAGCAUCGCGAUCCAAGUCUGUACCGCCAUUAUAUAGAGACCCACCCAAUGGUACAGACAAAAACGGACAAACUGUCGUGGCGUUAGAUUGUUCAGAAUCGGACACUGAAUCGGAAUCAUACGUGUAAACGAAGGAAUACAAUAUUAAUUUUAACAUACUUUAAGGUGCAAUAGUAGUACUGUAUAACAAGGAAGAUGCUAGUCCUACGAAAAUCGUAUGAAUUAUACAUAAUAGGCUAGUUGAUACUUUUUGAAAAGGGUCUUAAAUUGUUCAUUAUCGUUGUAAUAGAUUCAAAAAAAAUAUCACAUUUUUUUGAGACAUGAAUAACUACAUAAAAAAUUUAAUUCAAAAUUUUGACAAUACGAGCCAAAACGCUAUCGGCCAUGAUGGUCUAUAUUUUAUCUGUUUCGUGACGCCAUGUAAAAACUAAACCUUAACCAAACGGUUUAGUGUUUGACUAAAUUAUUAAUUAAUUUGACGUUUAUUCCUUUAGUGUCAUCAAGUAACAUAGUGACGUUACAAAAUUGACUACAGCGUUUUUGACAUUUGGAAAAAUAAAAAAAAAUUUGAUUUAAGUUUUCUAUGAAUUCCUUAACUUUUGUUAAUUUAUAACGAUGUAUUUCGGGCCUUAUUUCAUUUACUAUACGAAUUUUGUUUAUAUGAAAUUUGAUAUGAGUCAAGUACCCUAUUAUUGAGAAUUCUAUGAAUAAAAAUAAUUUGUACGGUUUACGUGUAAAUAGCUACUUCCGUAUAACAAACGAGUAGAGAGAGUAUCAUUUCAUCAUUAUCAUUCUAACAAUGAUCUAACGUAGAAUCUUCAGUAAUCAUUUAGAUAUAUCCUCUAAAAGUUAUUAUAGUACUUCUAUUUAAUUUUAGCGUUAUCGUGUGAAUCCCGCCUUAAAUUUUCUAAAUAUGUGACCAUAACCUGAGAUGUUUUGGUGAUGUAAUUCCAAAGACGUAUGAGUAAGAAUAGUUUGCGAACUUAAUUAUUAUAUUGUGUACAGAUGGUUUAUUAUAGAAUUCUAUUAGAGUUAUUACUUUUAUGUAGUUGAGUAUUUUUAAACAUAUAACAGCAGCUACUUUUUAAAAUUCAAACAAUACUUAUUUAUAGUAUAGUUGUUUUGUAUUGGAUUAUACGUAAUGUUAGAAUCUAUUGUGUCAUGUAUGUGUUACGAGUUUUGAAAUAAAUUAUAAUAUAAUAUUAUAAAAGAAAUAGAUUUGUAUAUAAUGUAUGAUAGUGUACCUAAAUGUACGUAAAACAAUUAUUGAAAUACAUAUUAUGAUUUGUAAUGAUACAUAA